GCGCACACACACACUGGCAUUAAGGAGUUAGACAGCAAAGUUUUCCCAAGAGGAGUUCACAUUAUUAUCAUUUUUACCCUCUGUGUUUGUUGCACAAACUUUGUUCUUUUCUCAGAACUUUCCUCUUUUUGUAUUUUUAAUUCAUCUGUGCGCUUUCGUGACUUUAUCCAUGUUGGAAUGGAAUAUGAGGAGUUCCCCAGAGAGAGGCUAUCAAGGUUUUGAGUUAUUAAAGCUGCUGUGACUGCUCCUCCCGUGGAUGAAGAUGGACCCUCCCGCCGUGUGCGUCCUCCACACUCUGCUGCUUCUGCUGAUCUUGCCCCUUGUUGCCUCUGUCCCCUGUCCCCGACCCUGCUCCUGCCCCCAGCCCACUGAGCUCCACUGCACCUUCCGCUCACUCAUCACCAUCCCAGCUGCUGUAUCUAGACAUGUGGAACGCAUGAACCUAGGGUUCAACAGCAUUAAUAAGAUCACAGACAAAUCAUUGGCUGGUUUGAGGAAGCUGGAGCUUCUGAUGGUCCAUGGGAACGACAUCCACAGUCUACCUGAUGGAGUGUUCAAGGACCUCACUUCACUACAGAUGUUGAAGAUGAGCUACAACAAGCUGAAGGAGAUCAACGGACACACCCUCCAUGGUCUGUGGGCUUUGGCUAGGUUACACCUGGACCACAACCGACUAGAGUCCAUUCACCCAGAUGCCUUCCAGGGCCUCACUUCCCUGCGGCUGCUGCAGUUAGAAGGCAACCGGCUUCAGCAGCUGCACCCGGCCACCUUCGCCACCUUCACUCUGAUGGACUACUUCCAUGUCUCCACUUUGAGGCACCUCUACCUGUCAGACAACGGGCUGACGUCACUGCCCUCCAAGCUGCUGGCCACCAUGCCACAGCUGGAGAACUUGUACCUUCAUGGGAACCCGUGGACAUGCGACUGCAACAUGAGGUGGCUCCAUGACUGGAAUAAAACUUCACCAGGUGUCUUGAAAUGUAAAAAGGACAGAGCACUUCCUGGUGGCCAGCUGUGUCCUAUGUGCUCCUCUCCCAGGCACCUCCGGAUGAAAGAGCUCCUGGCUAUGGAGAACCUGGUCUGCAGCAGGCCCAUCAUCAGCUCUCCUCAUAGGACUUCUCAACCUGAUGACAUCGAGAGUGAGGUCAUGACCACUGAGGACUUCAGCAACCCAUUUGGAAACAUCUCCCUGGGCCUGUCAGAUGAACAUGGGAAUGAGGUGGAUUUGGAGUGUAGUAUUGGACAGCCGAGAGAUCUUACCAAAAUCAACUGGGAGCAGGUCAACCAGCUCCAGCUGGCCUCCAAUAUAACUUUGUCAGUGGAUCUGGAGUGCCCUGUCGAUAGAGAAAAGUAUGAGCGACUGUGGAGGUUAAUCGCGUACUACAGCAAUGUGCCAGCCCACUUACAAAGGGGGAUUAUGCACAGAAAAGAGCCUCAUCCAACUUAUGUGUAUAGACAGGACUCUGAGAAGGAUGCCCUGUACUACACAGGGGUUAAAGCUAAUAUCAUGGCCCAGCCAGCAUGGCUGAUGCAGACAUCUGCAGACCUUCAGCUAAACCGACUUCAGUCAUCAGCCAAGACGGUGAAAUUGAUCCUGAGCACAGACUUCUCAGAGACAGUGGAGGCAGAGCUGAUUCGGAGACAGAGGAGGACAUGGGUCAUGAUCGAGUCAACAAAUAUGACUCGCAAAGUGUUGAGUGCUAUCCUGGGAAGCCCAAGUCAAAUGUUCUGUAACGUGCAAAGUUCUGGCCAACCAGUCAUCCACUGGAUGCUGCCAGAUGGCUCCAAGGUGGAGGCACCAUACAGCAGUCCAGACAACAGGGUGACUGUGUCCAGUGAAGGACGGCUGCUCAUUAAAGCUGUCAGUCACACAGACACAGGAAUUUACUACUGUGUUGCCAAGAUUAAUGGAGACCUUGCUGUCCUGCCAUUCCAUCUGACAGUCCAGGAAUCCUCUAGCCCUCCCCCAGGAGAGGAUGCCUCAAUUACACCUAUCGAGAGAUUUGCAGGGAACCCCAUUUCCCUGCCUUGCAUGGCAUCUGGUUCCCCUGAUGCUGAAAUUAACUGGAUUCUACCAAGCAGCAACAUAGUUAGUUUCCAAGCCAAUUCCUCCAGAGCUUUGGUCUAUUCCAACGGCACUCUACACAUCCCACAGACCCAGUUAUUGGACAGUGGUUACUAUAAAUGCAUCGCCAUAAAUCAACAUGGUGUCGAUACACUGGCUACCAAAAUCACUCUCGUCAGGCGCAAAGGACUGAUAAGGCCUUUGAGGAAGUUUCCAGCAAGACCUCAGUCAGCCUCAGGGGUAAACACUCAGAUUAAAGUCCCCACAGAGGAUACAGAGGAGGCAUCAGGGGAAAUUGAGGUUACUCCAAUAAGCCGCUUGGAUCCCACAAGGAGGAGAAUUUCGGGAGGUGCGUCCACAGGCAGGAGGGUCCAUCCAUCGAGGAACAUGAGGCGGAGGCCGGUGCUUCGAAAACCAACUGGGCCGCGUGUUGAAGACAGGAAGAAUAUAGCUGACAGCAGGAGGAAGAUUAAUAUGUCAAAGGGUAAAAUAGACCCAGAAAAAUGGGCUGAUAUUUUGGCUAAGAUUAGGGAUAGAAAUGCUCAGAAUACUGUGACACCACUUCCAGUUCAACAUACAACAGAGAUGAAAGUGACAGAGCAGACAACACAGUUACAAGAAACUAUCGAGGGAUCAUCAGAUGGUGUGGGCCAGGGCUAUUUCACAACACCACACACUUCAGUACAACAUACACAAAUAAUAACCAAUAAACAGAAUACACAAAGCCAAGACACACAUAGCUACACUACACAUGAUACACAUAGUAUAACCUCAAACAGUCAGCACACACACCAUAGCAUAGAUUCUAUAGCAGAGCCACCCACAACACAGACGACAUACAAUGUCCAACAUACAACCCCUAAUGCAUACUUAAAUCUACACACAACUUCAAACAGUGUAUUUUUCCCACCACAGAGCACAUCUGUUCCCCUAUACACUGUCACUUUCUGGCAGGCUAACACAAAUAUUGCAAGCAGCAGCAGUACAUUUUCUCAACAAGAGAAUGAUCGCACAAAUACAGAUGUCGAUGAAGUCAAAACAGCUGAUUGGUCCAAGGCAUCGGAGAGAAGCGAGAAUAUGGAUAGACCAAAUGGUGUUGCCAGCUCUAAUAAUGACAGAGAACUCUCUUUGAGUGGAAGUCAAAUUAUCCCUUUCGUCAACCCAAAUGAAUCAGAAACAAGCCAAGAGGGAAAUGGAAAAUAUCUUAGCGAGACUGCAACAACUUCACAGUCACAUACUCAGCCAAAGACCACAGUAUUUGAUAAUUUGCAAUCUCAAGCACUGCUCACAACAGCAUCUCCAACAACUGCACUUGCACCCGCAACUACUAACAGGAAAGGAUCUGAAGGACAGUCUCCCCCACGCCUACGACAACCUAACUCCAGGAGAAAGAAUGGGGGUCGACGGAGAAAGACAAACAGGAGGAAACAAAAGCUGAAUAAACCCACCCAGUUCCCGGGUGUCACCACACCUGCAAAUGAUCCCCUAGCAACAGUGAAGACCACUGCGUCCUCACAGCUAAAAAUAGAACCAUUAGAGGUUACAACAGCCAAUUUCAAUACCACUGUUCCAUUCAGCAGCAGCCAAGCAGCGUCAUCAGGCAGACUGAGUCAUGAAGAAAGCACAGUCUCAGGGCAUACCGCCGAGGCAGCUACCAAACCCACUUCACUACCAGCUUCUCCCUCCGAAACAAACGACAGUCUUCUACCCCUGGCCAAACCACAAUUCAAAAGCACAUCAGCGGCACCAUCAUUUCCAACAGCCUCUCCAGGAGUGGGUCACGGAAAGACGAGUUCUCAAACUGCCUUAGAAAUCUCAGAGAGUGCAUCUUCCACAGAACGCUUGGAUAUGUUCACAUCAACCACUCAGCAGAGGUUUACAGGCACCAUUCUUCCACCUGUUAAACCUUUAGAGGAGACACAAAGGGUCAGCCUUAUGGGAGACCUUGGACCUGUGCCAAACUUUGACAAUUCCACUGGGGGUUUUGACACUGUAACACAAGUGCAGACAGAUGUCGGGCUGAAUUAUUCAGGUCAUCAAUACACAUUCACCGCAAAGGGUGAAGAGAUGCUUUCUGAAGAGACUGGCAUGGAAUUUUCACUGCUGCCACCUCCAUCUGCCUCAACUGCUUCCAUGAUUGAGCAUGAAAUCAAGACAACCUCUGGAUACACUUCAAGAGGUUUAAUCACAACACCAAGUAUGCUUUUUGAUGGUGAUUUGGACUCACAGAAAACUACAGUGCCUGAAAUAUUGUAUCAUAGUUCUAGUCAAAAGACAAGCAGUGAGUCAAAGAUAGAUGAGCAUCUUGAAGAAAUUAGUCUUAUCACAAGUGUCAAAACCACUCAGGAGGUUCCCAGGAUCCACAACAUUCCAGACAGUCACAGUCAAGAGCAACAAAUCAAACCUAUCACCACAUCAGAGCCUCAGAGAACACCAAAUGUCCAUCCUGCAACCCAGGCAACUGACCACAAGCUGGCAGUGUUUGUUACUAUAAAUCCAACUUCCUCAGCCCUAAAACCAGUAACCAGUGUGCAGGCAAUCAAGGAGACAGCAACCAAUCCUCCAACAAUUGCUGCGAUCCAAACUGAUACAUUAAGUGAAGGACUGCUAACAAGCACUGUCCAACUACCUGGACAAGGAUCUAUUCCAAGAGAGAAGCCAAGGAUAACUAAGAGCAAUUUCAAGACUUUCAGUGUGAAAGCUGAAACAGAUGCUCAGCUUCCCUGUAAGGCUGAGGGUGAGCCAAUGCCCUUCCUGUCAUGGACUAAAGUUGCUAAUGGGGCGAGUAUUGCUCAGAACACCAAGGUCCAGAGGUUUGAGGUCCAUUCAAAUGGUACUUUAAUCAUCAGGAACACGCAGCCCAUGGAUGGGGGCCAGUACCUGUGUAUAGUCCAGAAUCAGUAUGGCACAGACAAGAUGGCUGUCAACCUUGUAGUCCUGUCUCAGCAUCCGCGGGUUCUCCAGCCUCGGCAAAGAGAUAUCACUGUGCAUCUGGGUGGCAAAGUCGAUUUAGACUGUAUAGUGGAGGGGCAUCCUACGCCUCGGGUCACAUGGGUGCUCCCUAGCCAUGUCCACAUGGCUGCUGUCCCCCUUGGUGUUGCCCCUCAGCAGCGUGUGGCCAUCCUGAGUAACGGAACCCUCCAGAUCAGCCAGGCCGCUAUAACAGACAGAGGGAUCUAUAAGUGCAUCGGCAGCAGCGCAGCCGGAGCUGACACAGUCUCAGUCCGCCUUUAUGUGUCAGCGUUGCCUCCUGUGAUUCAGCCGAAACAACAUGAGAACAUCACUCUCUCAGAGGGCAGCAACGCCUACAUCCACUGCACUGCCACAGGUUCCCCUCCACCUGUCAUCCGCUGGAUUACACCUGAUGGUUUACAGCUCGCUGCUUCCCAGUUUGUUACUGGUGGCAACAUCAUUGUCUUCCCAAAUGGGACUCUCUACAUACGGAGAUUAGGUCCGGAGAAUGCUGGAAGAUACGAGUGUUCAGCCAGCAGCACGGUGGCAUCAAGCAGCAAAACAGUGAUCUUGAGCAUAAGACGGAAUCCAUCUUCUGCCAAGGCUCGUAUCACAUCGUCAUCCCUCCAGAGAACAGAUGUGAUCUAUGGAGAAAAACUGCUGCUCAACUGUGUGGCCAAAGGAGAGCCGGACCCUCGGAUCAUCUGGAGGACACCUUCCAAGAAGCUGGUGGAUGCUCAGUACAGCUUUGACCCUAGGAUCAAGGUGUUCCCCAAUGGCAGUAUUACCAUUUAUUCUGUGACUGACAAGGACAGUGGCGACUACCUUUGUGUGGCACGUAACAAAAUGGGUGAUGACUACGUUGUGCUGCGGGUCAACGUGCUGACCAGGCCUGCCAAGAUCAAGCAGAAGUUGCAGCAAUCGAGUCAGGAAGUGAUCUAUGGUGGAGACUUGAAGGUGGACUGCGUGGCCUCUGGUCUUCCCAACCCUGAGAUCAGCUGGGCAUUACCGGAUGGCACCAUGGUCAACCCUGUCAAACAGAGAGAUACUAUCAGCGGGGGUCGCAGUCGCAGGUAUGUGGUGUUUGACAAUGGAACUCUGUACUUCAAUGAUGUUGGCAUGCCAGAAGAAGGUGACUACACCUGCUACGCUGAGAACCAACUUGGCAAAGAUGAGAUGAAGGUUAGAGUAAAGGUCAAGGUUGCAACUUCCCCACCAAAAAUCCAGGAUAAAGACCAAAAGAUCGUCAAGGUUUUCUAUGGUGAGACUGUUACACUUAGAUGUAAUGCCAAAGGGGACUCAGUGCCAGUCAUCACAUGGAUAUCCCCUACGAAUAGAGUGAUCUCUCCUGCUUUAGACAAAUACCAGGUCCUGGAUGAUGGGACAUUGGUGAUUCAAAAAGUUCAACGUUUUGAUGGAGGUAACUACACCUGCAUGGCCAGGAACAAUGCAGGUCAAGACCAGAAAGUCAUAAAGCUGGAGGUCCUAGUAACAUCUCCAAUGAUCAAUGGUUUAAGUGGAACUGCGAACAACAUCAAGGUGAAUGCAGUUCAGGAUCAGCGGAAGUUUGUUGACUGUGUGGCAAAGGGAACCCCCACCCCUCGCAUCAUGUGGGUUCUACCAGGAAAUGUGAUCCUACCUGCGCCAUACUAUAGUAACAGAAUGACAGUUCACCAGAAUGGUACCCUGGAAAUCCGGUCACCCAAGAGGACAGACUCCGGGCAGCUGGCUUGCAUCGCUCGUAAUGAAGGAGGGGAAGUCAGGCUGGUGGUUAACUUGGAUGUGAGGGAGGUUGUUGAGAGGCCACAAAUUAGAGGUCCCAAAACAGAUAGUGUGUCGCUAACUGUGGGGAAUGCCAUGACUUUGAAUUGCUCCUUAGAUGGUUCAACUCUACCUCAUGUCACUUGGAUCUUACCCAGUGGUACACCUUUGCUAAGUGGUGCUCGGUUCUCUAAGUUUUUCCACCGACCAGACGGCUCCUUGGUCAUCAGCAACCCCUCUGUUGCUGAAGCUGGUGUGUACCGCUGUCUUGGACGUAAUCUUCGAGGUCUUGUGGAGCAUGCAAUCACAUUGUCCCCAGGAAGAAAGCCAGAGAUCAACAACAGAUACAGCUCUCCUGUCAGUGUCAUGAAUGGGGAAAGUCUUUUGCUUCACUGUCAGACUAGUGGUGAGCCCCUCAGACUAACAUGGACUCUACCCAGUGGGGUAGUCCUCAACAGGCCACAGAGAGCUGGACGAUAUUCUGUACUGCCCAAUGGGACACUUGCCAUCCAACAAGUUUCAGUUUAUGAUCGGGGGUUGUAUGUAUGUCGAGUUGCAAACGAGUACGGCAGCUCUUUGCUUUCUGUGUCAGUAAUUGUGAUUGCAUACCCACCUCGAAUUACCAGUGGCCCCCCUUCUGUGACCUAUGCUAAACGUGGAGUUGCUGUUCAGUUGAACUGCAUGGCAACUGGGAUCCCUAAAGUGGACAUAGCAUGGGAAACGCCUGAUAAAAUGCGUUUGGCUGUCAGUGCACAGCCGCGCCUUUUUGGAAACAAGUACCUCCAUCCACAAGGUUCCCUCAUCAUCCAGAACCCGACACAAAGAGACACUGGCAUGUACCGAUGCACAGCCAGAAAUGUCAUUGGCAUAGACUCUAAAGCUACGUUUCUCAAUGUGUUCUGAAGAAUUUCACUGUUUAUCAUGGUCCAUUUCCAUACUGUAUGCCCAAACAACUGCCUAGUUAAAAACAGCUAAUGUUUUUAAAGUUUAAAAUGUUGUAAAAACUGCUGUCACAAUGAUGUAAUAAUGAGCUGAUUAGAACCUGCAGUGAUGCUUUGAGUGUGUCCUGUAUAGAGGCCAAAAGUUGAUGGUAUUUUGUGUGCUAUAGUUUAACAGUUUGUGUAUAAUCCACAUCACUGGGAAAUAUCAAUUGGUCUCCCAUUCUGAGGGAAAUGCUGAUCAUGUGGUAAAACAGACUACAAUCAUGCCUUUUUGACAUAGUCAUGUGUUCCAGUUUGCCUGUUUUUCCCUGCAUAAUGUUUAUCGUUAUUGCUCAUAGACAGUUGCUGUUAUUGUUGCUAUGCUCUCAUUACUUUCAGAUGUUGUAUGUUGUAGUUUAGCUUUAGGCUAAUGACUUGUAUAGUCCCUUUGGACAGUACAGCAUAUCUUUACCAAAUGAUUUACACAUUGCUAGUGCUGAUAUAAAAAUAAUGGUGGUUGAAAAUGAUCAGCACCUCAUCCCACAAGGUAAUGGCACUGAUGAAUAAUUACCUGACUGGCUAUAUGCAGGCCAGACACCAUAAUAAAGCCAAAUUGAAAUAAAAUAAUGGGCAUAUUUUUAAACUUUUACUUCAAUUCACUCAGGGAGGUGGGCUGCACAGGGGAGAAGAAAUACAAACCACCUCGACAACUCUAUGUAGUACUUAAAAGGCGUAGAUUGCCAAAGAUGACAUUGAAUUUGUUUUAUUAAGAUAAAAAAGUUUAAGUUUUAAGUUUAGAGAGUCCUUACCUUUGCAAAGGCAGUAUAAUGCUUUAACAACAACCACUACGUUGUAGCUCUUCAAUUUGAUUAUGUUGUUGCAGGAGCACCAUCUAUUAUUAGCAAAAUGCUAUCAUUCAGAGUUCAUAUGUCAACAUAUCAUCCACAUUUCUUUGCACGUUACCUUCAAGUAUAGAAAUGAAAUAGAGGAAUUAUGUGGCCUAUCUGGUAAGAUACACGUUGGAUCCAAGACAUUAUCAAAAAUUGACCAAAACAGUAACUUUCUACACCUCAAAAUUUAGAAGUAGUGAGCGAAAAUGUUGCACGAUUGCUCUUAAAACUACUCUUUUGCAAAUUUUUAUCACUAAAUAAAAAAUUUUGGGGGCGUUUUUGAGAUUUUUUGGUUACAGAUGGGACCAAAAUCGUAACCUGCUUGCAGGAGGUAACAUACCAUUAGACAGCUUGUAAACUGUUUAAUAUGUGUCAGCUAUUUGGACUACACAGCAAGUGGUUAAAUAACAGCCUACAAAAUGACAUCAGACUGUAUACGCACCACUCCUGGUGUUUUAUAUUAAAGCAAUUGAUCUCUGUAGCACCCUCAGCUGUACAUGUACCUUUGCUUUGAUGACGUAGUACAGUUGCUUCUGACAAUGACAGAUUAUGUCAAGCUGUAAAGAACUGCAUCAUAACUUCUCAUUUUCUAUCUUGGAAAUAUUGUUUAACUUAAUUACAGAAUUGAAAAUAUGUAUAAUGUUGCUCUUUUUUUAUCGACAGGUGAUUUGUAUUUUCUAUGAGACAUCCAUCGGUAUGCCGUGCCUUUCGUAAACACCCAUCUUAAGUAUUUUCUGUGUGUUUCCAUAACUGGAGUCAGAUAAUCCAAUAACUGAUUGUUUUCUGCUCUCAGCAGUGUGCUCCAUCUUCGACUCUGCUUCUGAAAAAUGCUGAUGCAGGUUCUAUGUCUUCAUUUGUAAAUUAUUUGUCUUUGACAAGCUGUGAUGCAUAGGAAUUUUCCCAUAUUUUAAUAAAAGAU